CCAAUCAUUUCCCUUCGUCUUCCACCUCUCUACUUUCCGGCGACAAUGGGAUCCGCUGAAUCUCGUGACAUUGACCCGACCGUCGACACUUCAACCACCAAUGCUCCUCUCCAUCCUCCCCCUCCUACUCAUAAACGACAUCCUUCCCUCGAUGUGAAUGAUCUCGCCAACAGUAUCUUACCGGAGCAAUCGGCGGCGAUGCACACCGCCUCGGCUCCUCCCGUGGCGACAGAGGAAGUGCUUUUGACAAUCAGCGGCACAAUUCUCCACCUCAUCGACGAAUCCUACAGCGUAGAGCUCGCUGUCGGAGACCUCGACAUUAUCCGUCUAGUUCAGGGCGAUAUCACCGUCGCGGUAUUCGCUCGCGUCGCCGACGAGAUCCAGUGGCCGUUGACCAAAGACGGACCCGCCGUGAAAGUCGAUGAGUCGCAUUACUUCUUCUCGCUCCGACCCUUGAAAGAAUCCGGGUCGGAUCAUCCGGCCGAGGAAGAGAAGGACGAGAUGUUGAACUACGGGCUAACAAUCGCUUCCAAAGGGCAAGAACCGUUGCUGAAGGCGCUGGACAUGAUCUUAGAGGACUACAGCCUUUUCACGGCGGAGAAACCGAUGGAUGAUGACGUCGAUGACGUGUUGGAUUUGACGGCGGCGAAGGAGACGUCGCCGGCGAAGCUGAAGGGAAAGAGGCAGAAGUUGGUGGAGAGGCAAUGUACGGCGUAUUGGACGACUCUGGCUCCGGAUGUUGAGGAUUACGGUGGAGUCGUAGCGAAACUGAUCGCUGUUGGUUCUGGACAGUUGAUCAAAGGGAUCUUAUGGUGUGGAGAUAUCACCAUGGAUAAGCUCGUGUCGGGAGGUGAUAUCUUGAAGAGCAAGCUGUCCAAAGCUGAGAAAGAGAGAGAAGUUAGCCCUAAAACUUUGAGACGUCUCAAGAGAGUGAGGAAGAUGACGAGAAAGACCGAGCAAGUGGCGAAUGCUUUGCUCUCUGGUGUUAUUAGAGUUUCUGGAUUCUUCUCGACUUCAGUGAUGAACAGCACAGCUGGGCAGAAACUCUUUGGUCUUCUCCCUGGAGAAAUGGUUCUUGCAACACUUGGUGGAUUCAACAAGGUUUGUGAAGCUCUUGAAGUAGCUGGAAGAAACGUUCUGAAAACAUCUGCCAUGGUCACAACUGAGAUCGUCGAUCACAAGUAUGGAGCACAGGCAGCACAAGCGACAGACGAUGGGCUUGGAGCAGCAGGGCAUGCUCUUGGGACGGCGUUGGCAGUUUACAAAAUUAAACAAGCUCUUAACCCCAAGAGUGCAUAUAAGCCAACAUCAGUGGCUUAUAUCGCAACUGAAGAAAAAAAGAAGGGGACAAGGAGGUGUUGUUUCUAA